GUGUAAAUGUAUCUUUGUUUUGUGCGUACAUACAGACAAUUCAAAUACUGAGUUACUGGACUAACUACAAAUGCUUGGGAUGUCAGUCAUAAAACACAGCCUAUUUAUCCAAAGUCAGUAUCAAAAAGGUUACUGAUUCAGUACAUCAUUAAAUACAUUCAGUGUUAUAUAAUGUAUAUUUUGGUUUUAGUUGGCUUGAGUUAAUAUUAAAAUGAAUACUUUGUCAGUUAUACCAGUGAGUUAUUGUAAAGAGAAACACAUCAGUAAUAAACAGUGAUUUUGUUGUGGAGCCUUACAAUACAGUUAAGGGUCUAUGCAGAAUAUACAGAAAACAAAGACAUUUUUUAUCAGUUAUUAUUAGUUUUAAUGUAUUUAACCUUUAAUUCUAAAAUCAGGCUUGUUGAACUAGUUCAGCAAUAGGUCAAAAAGGCCAUAGCUGAUAGUUUGUGUAAUCUACCUGAAUAUCCUGUGUAAAACCUCUCUGUAGCCUUGUUAGCCAUGCAAUACUGUCAUGACACUGCCCUCUCUGGCUUUCUUCCUCUCUCAGAAGUCAAAGCCUUAAAUCACAACACUAAUCCUUGUGAACAGUAUUUUUAACUUGCGCUGGGACAGAAAGAACAGCAAUAGGAUUAGAGAAUCAGUGAAGAGGCUGAAGCCCUAACUCAUGCAGUUGAUCUUCUUGCACAGUGACUGAAAAGUACCACAGCUCUUUCUUUGUCUUUAUUUCAACCUGGAGGAUUUUUUUUAAACCAUGGUGAUAUUUUGCUUGAUGUUGUAGAUUUAAAGAAAAAAUAUAUGAUCAUUUUUGUCCAGUGACUUGAUUCAAACUUGGCACAAGACAUUUUCCACUGAUUUAUCUUCUGAGAAGCUGUCGCAAUGGAGAAGUGGAAAAUUCUAAAAAAACGUCGCUCCAGUCUUUUUGCAUCUGUAAAACGCGAUGCGAGUUUCACGCACAGCAUCGAAGAGGAGGAGAGUGAAUUCCCCUUUUCACAGGACAGCUCAGUAAAACCAUGGACAUCUAUGGACAACCUUGACACUCCUGGUGACAGAAAAGAGGUGAAAAAAGAUGAGAAGAAGGAUGCACCAAACCCCUGGCAAUCAAACAUUGUCAACCUAAAUGUGGGCGGAAAGGUGUUUCACAUCCCUAAACACUUGGUCCUCCGAUACCCAAAGACCAGGAUCGGAGUCCUUGCUCUGUGCAAUGAUCCAGUUAAGCGUCUGACGCUCUGUGACGAUUAUAAUGUUCAGAACAACGAGUUCUUCUUUGACAGGGACCCCAUGUUUUUCCAUUACAUAUUUCACUUUUACUGCAGUAAUGUUCUGUGGGUGAUGGAUAGCCUGUGUCCUGUCAACUUUGAGGAAGAGAUCUCAUUCUGGGGGCUCAAACUGAAGGAUACUCCAAGGUGCUGCCGCAUUCUGUUUGAGGAGAAACUGGACGACAUCAGAGAACACCUGAAGGUUAACCAGGAGCUCAUUGAUGAGAUUAAACCUCACCAUGAUGACGAGGGCUACAAGACCAUGUUUCUUGGAGACUUUCGUAAAGCACUUUGGGACUUGAUGGAGAAUCCUUACUCCUCACUGUCAGCCAAAGCCUUUGCAGUGUUUUCCAGUCUCUUUGUGCUUAUCUCUAUCGUUGCCAUGACUCUGAAUACAGUCCAAGAACUUAGGCAGUACAAACUUGCAGGCAAAACCUACAUGGAGUGGGUGGAGGUUAGUUCUAUCCUUUUCUUCACGUUGGAGUACUUUCUGCGACUACUCACCACAUCAAACAUCAAGCAUUUUGUGAAGAGCGCCCUCAACUUUGUCGAUUUGGUAGCCGUCAUGCCCUACUUCCUCCAGAUCAUUUUUGAGACUUUUGUGUUAGACUCUGAAGACAUCAGUGCUCAGGAGGAUUUGAAGGCCAUGUCGAGAGUCAGCAAAGUCAGCAAGGUGCUCAAAGUGGUCAAGCUCAUGCGCAUCUUCCGUAUCUUGAAGCUUGCCCGUCACUCCACCGGCAUGAGGGCCUUUGGCUUCACCAUCCGCCAGUGCUCUGAACAGGUGUGCUGUCUGUUUCUCUUCAUCGCCAUGGGCAUCUUCACCUUCUCUGCUCUGAUGCAUUCUGUGGAGGUGGAUCAGCCCGGGACACCUUUCAGCAGCAUACCGGAUGCCUGGUGGUGGGCUGCGGUCAGCAUCUCUACUGUGGGCUAUGGAGAUGUUGUCCCCAUCUCCUACCUUGGCCGCUGUGUGGCAUUCGGCUGUAUCUCCUUUGGCAUCAUCCUUAACGGCAUGCCCAUCUCCAUUCUGUUCAACAAGUUCUCCGACUACUAUGCCAAACUGAAGGAGCAGGAAUUCAACUUUUCCAACACAGUGCGCACCUUCCAGCUCAAAAAACGUCUCAGGCGUAAGUUUGACAGCUGCUUCGAACCCCGGCCGGAGGACUCGGAUGAUGAGAUACACUAUCGGCCCAGCGGCAGGCAAUUUACCCACGAGAUCGAGGAAUAGGAAAAGUUGCCUAGUUGUGACCUCAGUAACCCUAAAUGGCCUUAUCACCCUUGGGUAUACAAAAGCAAAAGACUCCAUCUGCCUCUAAGUCUCAGCCUAUGUGAUUUAAUAAAAAUGAUCUGAUGGGGGAAAGCAGAAAGCUGAGCCAAGCAUUAAGCCUCAGCUUUGCAGUAGGUACUGUUUUCACACUAUGAGCGACGAUUCCUCUGUCAAAUGGACAAGAUGCUCAGACUAGACAACUUCUUAUGUGUUUCCACAAAUAGCACACGGCUACAACUAAUGCUCACUCAACAGAAAUAGAUGCUUGACACAAGGAGGUCAAGCAGUGACAAUAUGAAUGAAGCAAAACUACUCCUAUAUCAUUUUGAAGAGACUACUGUCAUUGAAAGUGCUAUUAAUGAACAGUUUUGAGUGACUACAUAGUCUCUUACAUUUUACUUUGAUGCUCAGCAAAAAAGAAAUUGUACCUUCAACCUCUAACUAGUGCAGCUUUGGCCAUUACCAGCAUGUACCGCCACACAUCAUGGCGGCUUUUAGUCACCAUUUGUUUGACUGCAAUAAAAACAUUUUAUUUAUGUGUGCAUCUGAGAAAAACUAUAACACCAUCAAUGAAAAGUUCUCACAUUUGACACAAUUUAUGUUUCAUUGAAGUGGCAUACCUAUCGAAAAAGCACUCCCUCUUUUUUUUUGUCCAGUCACUCCGUGUGGUCUUGAAGACACCCAAGUAGGGUGAGAGAUAUAGCAGCGGGUGUCAGUAUACCGAUCAGGAGCCUCAGUGUAAUUUGGUUGUCAAGGAUUAGUAGGAUUUGUGCAUGUGCUUCCUACCUAGUCAGACAAGGGGAAAAGUCAAUCAAGUACUGUGCUAUUUUGGUGACAGAAGGAAUCUGAUCAGGUGUACACAGACAGGAUGUAUUUAAAUACUUACAAACUAUUUUUAAUAGACGUACAAUAGAGGCCUCCAGCAUGGCGAUUUUUCAUUCCUACUUACACAUGGGCAGUGAUGCCUAUAUCUGUCAUCCAACAGCUCAGAAUUUGUCGUGAUCCCUGCGGCGAGAGAGAAUUGAACUUUCCGUUCUUGACCAGGAGAUGUCAGGAUCAAUCAUGGUCUAAGCCUUGUCGUCACACUGUGAUGCUAUGAUUAGAUCAUAAACCCAAGUCUUGCCCUGGGCACCAGAAGACCAGCGUUAUAACGUAUUAAACAAACAUACAAAAACUCUUCGCGGAUACAGACACCACAGUUUUCUUGGCUCAUGUGCUCGACACUGGUUUUAAAUAAGAGGGACAGAUAGAGGGGAUUAGAAACAAGUUCUCUGGUUAGUCACGAUAGAUGCCGUGGGAGUUACACUCCAUUUCCAACUGCAGGAAUAUUGUGUUGUGCCUCUGCUCAUGAAAGACAUCCUGAACAUCCAUUUUACAGCAGACUGUGACUUCAUCCAUUUGAAUAAUAAUCAGAGACAAUGAAUCAUUAGUGACUGAUGUUUCCUUGUCAUUAAGUUUUGUGCAAGUGCACUAAUUAAUGAGAGAACGAUCAAAUGUAGUGUCAGAUGUCUCUAAUUUACCCUCUGAUCAGGGGUUAAAGUGGUCCGGAACUCUGGCACCUUCAGUUAUCGAGUUAUCUGAUAGGACGUUUAAUACAAAACACUGUCAAACAGUUCAGUUUUCAUGCUCUGCAGUCUUUCUGGUCUUUCUGGUCUUUCUGGAUGAUUCUGAUGCCACAGACGGGGUAGUUCACCACAUGAUCCCGUCUGCACACGUCCUUUUUUCCGUCCCAUCCCUGUCAAUAAAGUUGUGUUUGUGGUACAGAAGAGGAGUGAGCAUAAAAAGGAAUAAUUUUAAUAAGUGGCAGGUCACUCAUUUUCUGCCUUUGCCGACCAACCGAGGAGCAGUACCACAUCAUACAAUGCCAGCUGCUAGGUGUUUGGUGUCUCUCGUGGCGGUG